GUCAGUGGUCAGCUACAGAGCCUCUUCUCCCUGCUGCUCUGUGGACAAUGAGACAGAGGGAUGAUGCCGUCCUCUGCAGCCGCUGGCACCACCAGCCUCCUGCUGCCCUGCACCCCCACCCCAACGUGUGUGUGACUGUGUGAGUCUGUGUGUGUGUGUGUGUGUGUGUGAGUGUGUGUGAGGAAGGCAGAAAGUCUGAGAUGCUGUAACAUCCUCAACGAUGGACUCUGGGGGAAGGAAUUCAAGAAUGUGGACGGGGAGGAGUACCAGGCCGACAUGUCCACCUUGGCCUCGCAGGCCUCCCUGGGCAGCCCCGACGUCUACAUCCUGCCCCUCAGCGAGGUGUCGCUGCCACUCGCCAAGCAGCCGGCUCCAUCGGUCCAUCUCCUGAAGUCCACAGACCUGAGCCGCCACAGUCUCCUCUACCUGAACGAGAUCGGGGAUGGCUGGUUUGGGAAGGUUCUGCUGGGGGAGGUGAACUCAGGCCUGAGCACCACUGAGGUGGUGGUGAAGGAGCUCAAGUCCAGUGCCAGUGUCCAGGACCAGAUGCUCUUCCUGGAGGAGGCGCAGCCUUUUCGCGUCCUGCAGCAUCCUGCUCUGCUGCAGUGUCUGGCCCAGUGCACCGAGGUCACGCCCUACCUGCUGGUGAUGGAGUUCUGUCCACUGGGGGAUGUGAAGAGUUACCUCCGCAGCUGCAGGGCUGGAGAGACCAUGACCCCGGAGCCCCUGAUCCUCCAGCGGAUGGCCUGUGACAUCGCCUCAGGACUCCUGCAUCUGCACAAACACAACUUCGCUCACAGUGACCUGGCGCUGAGGAACUGCUUGUUAACUGCUGAUGUCUCAGUGAAGAUCGGAGACUACGGCCUGUCCCACAACAAGUACAAGGAUGAUUACUACCUGACGUCAGAUCAGAUGUUCUUGCCGCUGCGCUGGAUAGCUCCAGAGCUCGUGGACGAGGUGCAUGGAAACCUGCUGGUGGCAGACAACACCCAGCAGAGCAACAUCUGGUCUCUGGGUGUGACCAUCUGGGAGCUGCUGGAGCUCGGGAACCAGCCGUACAGACACUACUCCGACCGACAGGUGCUCACCUACGCUGUGAGGGAGCAGCAGCUGCGACUUCCCAAACCACUGCUCCCAGUGCCGCUGGCUGAGCGCUGGUUUGAAGUGAUGCAGUUCUGCUGGCUCCAGCCGGAUCAGAGACCCAAUGCAGAGGAAGUCCACUUGCUGCUCAGCUACCUGUGUGCCAAGGGGGCCAGCGAGGCAGAGGAGGACUUUGACAGGCGCUGGAACUCGCUGUGUCCCAACAUUGGAUUCAACAGCCACCACGGUGCCUCUGCUAUGUCACAGGACCACCACUCGUCCACCUCCUCCUCCUUCCCUCUCCUCGAGCAGUUUUCGGCAGCCGACGGCUACCACUCGGAGUCUGGGGACGACAUUCUAACAGUCACAGAAACCAGCCAUGGCCUGAACUUUGAGUACAAGUGGGAGCAGGCCAGGGCCGACCAGUCCUAUAGAGCCCAGGACUCCUCCAGUGCCCUGAGUCAGGUCAACCAUCAUUGCCAGGAAGCAUUUUAUCCACCAGGGGGCAUUGUUGGAGGCUGCCCUAUGGAGAGCCUCAGCCACGCAGUUUCUCCUUACUACCAAUCCAAACAUCUCCAUGCUCCGGGUGUCCUCCCCGUCCUCAGUGCCCACAGCCCCUCAGUAAGCAAUGAAUACUACAUCCGCAUUGAAGAGCCAGUGGAUUGUAACAUCGAUCUGGACUAUACCAUGUGCUCCUACAGCCCAGAGUAUCAGGGCAGCAGUGGGAGCUUCCUUACUGGGAGUGCAGACUCAGGCGAGUGCAUGGCCUGUCCAUCACAAGGUCAGAACAUGGGCAUGGCUCCCUAUUGGGCAGCAGACAUCGAUAAGUCAGAUGUGUUUGACUCCAAUGACUCGAGUCCGGCCAUCUCCCUGACGAUGGAGCCGCUCUUAGGACAAGUGUCUCACGACAGCCCCCUGCGACCCUGGGAGUCCAGUCACUAUGUGUCCUAUAAAGACAGAGAUGGAGGUUACUACUAUGAGCACUCGCCACCGUUGGGAAUCGACCACUAUCUGAUUGGAAGUGACCACUCCAGUGAGCACCAUCAGGAAAGCUGGGGAUCGAGGAGCUUGCGCCAGGCCCUGGGUGAUUUGGAGAACCCGCUGGGUGUCACCCGCCCUGUGACCAGUCCACCUCAACAGGCCUACAGAGAUCCGUACCUGGACACAAGUCAGGCCUCCAUCAUCGGAAAGAACGUGACCGGGGGUUACUACGACAUGAUGGGCUCGCUCAGGAAGACUAUGCCCAGCCACACCAGGCACAGCAGCCACUCGGUCAGUAUCGACAUGGAGACAGAGGGGGCGCUCUUCAUCGGGCACAGAGACAGCGAUUCAGAAGAAGAAGAGGAGGAGGAUAUAUUUGUUGAGAGACACAACUGCAACACGUGGCCUUCAAAGCACCGCCACAGCAGCGUGGGUCACCACAGACGGGCGAGCUGUAGACAGGACGCUUAUGUAGAUUUCCACUACACCAUGCCAAGUACAGACAUUGAGGACUCCUGGCCAGAGGAGAACAGCCUGGCCUUCCACUCUCUACCCAAACCUAUCGACUACCUUGAGCCGCAACAGGCCAAAGACAACAGUGCCUGCCUCAGUCUGAGCAAACACCACGCGAUGGUGCCUUCAGACAACUGCAACACCUACAUCUACCUGUGCCACGAGGGCGACAGCCAGGCGCCAGCGGCUGGAGAGUGCUGCCACUCACACUUUGUCGACCCACUCACCGGUUUGCUCGUCAGAAACAACAGCUACAGUCACAGCAACUACGUCCGAGAUAAGAUCGUUGACCCCCCAUGCCAUGAGGAGAUGAUCAAUCUCUCCCCCGCUCCAGGGGGUCCCAUUGUGGCCAAACCCAUCAUGAUAAAGACUGAGGAGCGUGGAGAGCAGUACAUUGACCUGAAAGCUGAUGGCUCUCCACUCAAAGAGAAGAGGGAGGAUGUAAUCAAGGAAAACCUAAUCAUGCUAAAACCCACAGAACCUAAAGUAGAAGAGGUGACGCUGACAAUGACGAUGACGAUUCCUCCGCCUCCUGCCGACAACAUGCACGUGAUGGUGGCCCUCACAGAUCCGGAGUCAGACUCGAGUCCCACUGGAGACAGCGGUGUUGACCGAGGCAGCUCCAGUGCUUGUCUCGCUGACAUCCUGGACUGCAGCGAUGAUGACGAGGAGGAGGAAGACAUCACAGAGGAUAUCACAGACGUCACCUCAGGCAUCUUCGCUGACGAGUCCAGUGAGCUGAACGCUUCUCCUGCUUUCAAGUCUCUGCAGAAGCAGGUAGGAACUCCAGAUUCCAUGGAUUCCAUGGAUCUACCAUCUGCAGCGGGGUCCUGUGAGGGCUUCAGCCCCGCCUCCUCCCACCCGUCCAGCUCCCCUAAAGCUAUGGACAGUGGCUACGACACAGAAAACAACGAGAGCCCGGAGUUUGUCCCCAAAGAGCCUCAUGAACCCCGAGAACAACCUCUGGCCAAGCCUACCCUAGAUACCAGCCUGGAGGAGGACGAGGAGCUGGAGGAGGCCAAGGAGGGGCAACCAUCACUGGGGGAAGAUGUGGCCUCAGGAGCCUCUCAGACGGGCGACCACAUCUUUUCACCACUAAGCGAGGAAACCCCGUACAGAGACUCAGCGUACUUCUCAGACUAUGAGAGUGAGAGGCAGUCCAGGGAUGAAGGAGAAGAAUCAUCAUCAUUGAGAGGAAGAGAUGAACAAAGAAUGGAAGAAAAGAAGGGAGAGAAAAGGAAGAGUGAGGAUGAGGAACUUGAAGACGCUGCAGCAAACGAAGACAUUCAAUUUGAAGUGAAGCUCUUAUCAACAGAAGGAACAGAAAGCUCUUGUCCACCAGAUAUGGAAGAAUUCUUGACAGAGGAUUGUCGAGAUGAGGAGUUAGGACUUCCUCUGGAGCCAUGUGUGUCCAUAGAGGGAGGACUGGAUGAAUGGCCGUCCCAGGAGGAGAACUCGUCUCUUGGGGACUGGGCAGCGGAGGUGGUGGGGGCCAUGGAAGAGGCCCUUGGGGCCCUGAAUGGAGAUAGUUCACUCAACUCUAAGGUAGAAAGUGACGAAGCAGAAGCUGUGGAAGACUCAGAACCAAGAGAAGAGCCAGUGAUCAAGACCAUUGAGACCAGGACAUCCGGUGAAACCCAUCACUCUUUACCCAAAGACGAGGUGGCCCUGCAGCACACGGCAAACAGCCGACGGUUCUCCACUUCCUCUCCUCCACCUCCGUCAACCCCCCCACCUCCGCUCCCUGCAGCAGACGGCCGGGGGUCUCCAGCCGACGGGGAGGAGGCGGAUGAGGAGGGCGGCGACACAGACGACAGCGAUGAGUCCGAUGAGGAGCUGCGAUCCUACAGCAUGCAGGAGCAGAGCGGCGGGGAGGAGAGCGAGGAGGAGAUCUACCCGGUGCCCAUCGUGGUGAGCGACGACAGCCAAGCACACAAACUGCGCAGCCUCCUCAAGAGGCCAACGCUGCUCCCAGAGGAGAACCUGCAGGAGGAGCUGGAGCGCACCAAGAAGACGGUCUCCUUCUUCGACGAUGUCACCGUCUACCUGUUCGAUCAAGAAAGUCCGACUAAAGAGCUGAGUGAGCAGAGCUUCCCCGAGGGAGCCGAGGGUCAAAGGUCACACAGCAAAUCCAAAGAGAGAGGCCCCGCCUCCGACGACUCCUCUGACGGGAACGUCUCAGAAGAGAGUGCAGGGUACGAGUGGGAGGACGACUUCCCCCUCCUGCCUCUCCCUACGUCCUCGGGAGCCUCCGACUCUCCACCCCCCCGCUCCGUCCCCACAGCCCCGGACGCCAAACCGGCCGUUCAGUUCUCCCGCUUCACCGUGUCCCCCUCCAGCGUGUCCCGCUUCUCCAUCACUCACAUCACUGACUCGGACAUGGACUCAGCAGGAGGAAGCAGCGAGGACGGAGACAAAGAGUAAGGAGCUGUGAGGACGGAGACAAAGAGCUGUGAGGACGGAGACAGACAGUAACAGUGUGAGGACGGAGACAGACAGUACCGAGCUGUGGAUCUUCACCGCCUCUCGUUGAAGACAGUUUGGUUCUAGCAUGACUUCUGAAUUAUUUCAUCAGGCUUCAGAAUCGAGACAGUGCCUCUCAGCCUGUGGACACUUUGGACAAGUCUUACCACAGUGUAGGACUGACCUACACUUAAAGAUUAGCGUUAAUAUAUAAAACUUUUGCAGAAUAUUAAUAUAUAUACUGGAUGUAAAGAAUCUUUGAAAGCAGGGGACAUUUGUUUGUUGAAUUUUUUCUGAUUAAAAGACAAAUGGAAGGCGUUUGGAAAUAAAUCACGUUCACCACCUGGUUCACUUCUUAAUUUGUAACAGGGAGUAACGCUGAGAGCGCGGCGCCCCCUGGAGGAGACGUGUUCAUCUGUCACACACAGUUUGGGGCUUUUUGACGAAGGAUCAGCAUUUUGAAUAAGACUGUACAGCUCCACUGACUUUUACCAGAAACUGCUUCACUGGUCUUAAUGAACAUGAACGAGAAUCUCUGAGGUAUCACAAGUAAUAUAAUGUUAAUAUUUGGAUUCAUGCAGAGUGGGGGGGGGGGCGCACGCAGGAAUCUGAACGGCUCCUGUUCCGAUGUGAUUUUGUGGAAACAGACGAGCGAACGUGGACGACCUGAUAUCUUCUCUUCUUAUUUUUUAUAAUAGAAAUCACUGCAGUGCUGUUUUACAUGAUCAUGUGACUCAGUCCCUCUCUUUAGCAGCUUCACCACCAAACUGUUAAAUCAGGCACAAUGUGGCCACAGGAACAAGAAGUGAAGGGAAUAGUUUUCAAAUAUAGAAAUGCAUGAUUUCAAGCAGCUAGGAAACAUUACAAGUAUUAAUGCAUUUGAGACAAAGACACACGGUGAGAAAUCUCAUGUCGCAGCUCCAAAGAAAGAUCUCCAGUGUCCGGACUGCAGCUAAUAACGACCCAGGCCAAAAGUGUGAGGAGACAUGGGUGAUCACCUGUUGAUAUUAUUAAAUUAUUAAAUAUAUAAAUGUCUGUUUUUGUUAAUCCAGUUAAAUACCAGACGAAACAAAGAACUUCAUCACAUUGAUGCAAAAAUCCUGUAAAUCCCACCUGGUUAGAAAAGCAGCGAUUUGCAGCAAAAUCCACAAACACUGGAGCAACCAGAGGAAUUCAAGGGAUUGAUGACAAAUGUAUGAUUCAUAAUCUCACUCAGCUCAAAAAGCCACGAUAUCAAAACUCAAACCUGCCCAACAGUUUUCAAACAAAGCUAUUUGUCUCUGUGUUAGUCUGAACAAACAGAAUCUUUAAAUUCUGAUAUUCCACAGCUUCUGCCCAUUUCUGCCUUUUUAUCUGUUUUAUUUAUUUAAUUUAAAAAAUGACAAGUUUGAGGGCCACUCUGAAACCAAGAGUCACAGGAUGAAAUAUUAAAAAAGCUGUUUUCAUGACGGAUCAAUGUUCAAUGUGUCUGAUCAGCUGAUUGGAGGUCGGAGGUCACGGUCAUGCUUCCUGUGUGAACCUGAGGUCGUCAGAUUUCUCUCUGAGCUCAAAGCAUCAUGUGACCCACAGUGUUUGUUUGCCUCUUUAAUAUUCUGUACGUUAGCAGCAUAGAACCAUUUAGACUAUCUGUAAUAUUUUUGUAUUUAAGCAAAUACUUUGGAGAGUAUUGAUGUGCUGUACCUGUGAUGGAGGGGGAGUAUAAAAUAAUGUCUGUUUAUUUUUGCCAAAGAGAAGCUGUGCUGUGGUUCAGGGGAGAGACCAGUUUGUGUGGUGGUGACGGACGAGGAAGAUCGAACUGGUCUUUAAAAAAUAAAAGACCAGUUCUGGUUUGGUUGGAUCAUCGUCAGUAACGUGUCCCCACACUGACCUGGACACAUCAUGACCUUCUGUACCUUCUAUCAAAUAUGAAUAAAGUCUGUUUUACACAUCUUA